CCUGUCACUACUCCCGACUACUACGAACUCGGCUUGCAAUAUAAAUCAUCAGGUGACCUUCACAAUGCUAUUCGUACGUUCGAAAAAGAAGUGACACAGAACCCCGAUAACAUCGAUGCAUGGCUUGCAUUAGGUCGUACUCGAGCUCGUCUUGGUACAUGGAUGGAAGCUUUGAUCGAUUUACAACAUGUUAUACACUGUCAACCGAAACAUCAUGAAGCGUAUUAUUUCAUAGGUUGUAUACAUAAUGAAUUGGGACAGUACAAGGAGGCUAUUGAUGAAUUUACGAAGGCCAUUCGGUACGAUAGUGGAAAAUUGAAUGCAAAUUAUCAUUAUAAACGUGGUUAUGCGUGUCAAAUGGACGGACAGUAUGAACUGGCAAUUAAAAGUUAUACGUCAUAUAUUGAUCGUAGUCAAGAAGCUCAGCAGCAUUUGGAGGUGUUCUAA